GGCAAAAUAUCUCCCCGCGACCACCUCCGCCCUCCCUCCGUCCACCGAUGAUGAACGGCGACGUCCUCGAGCCCACCAACUCACUGGUGGGUCCCAUGCUCACCGACCUGUAUCAAAUCACCAUGGUCUACGCGUACUGGAAGGUAGGGCGCCACAACGACCACGCCGUGUUCGACUUGUUCUUCCGUAAGAACCCAUUCCACGGCGAGUAUACAGUGUUCGCAGGCCUCGAAGAAGCGCUUGCUAUGGUCAACACGUUCAAAUUUACCGCCAGUGACAUUGAGUAUCUACGUCAAGUGCUACCCCACGCCGGGGAAGGCUUUUUUACGUGGCUCUCGACGCUCGACUGCUCCAGUGUAAAGGUAUAUGCCAUCAAGGAAGGCUCCAUUGUCUUCCCACGCAUCCCUCUUGUGCGUAUCGAGGGUAGUCUGGGUGUCGGGCAGCUAUUGGAGACGCCAUUGCUCAACCUGCUCAACUUCGCCAGUCUCAUCACCACCAACGCCACGCGCUUCAAGAAGGCGGCGGGUCCUGACAAGAAUCUGCUGGAGUUCGGAUUGCGUCGUGCGCAGGGACCGGACGGCGGUCUCAGUGCCUCGAGAUACUCGUACAUGGCUGGCUUUUCAGGCACCAGCAACGUGCUGGCUGGGAAGUUGCAUAAGAUCCCCAUUAUGGGUACACAUGCACAUGCGUUUGUGCAAGCACACACUUCAUUAGACGAUGUGAAGGUCACUAUGCUGGACGGCAAGAACUUCCUCGAUGUGGUGCUGAAAUACCGUACCGAACUUGGCCACACCCAGACCAACGAUGGCGAGCUUGCAGCUUUCAUCUCGUACGCUAUUGCGUUCCCGGACGCUUUCUUGGCUCUGGUUGACACGUACGACACGUUGUCGUCGGGAGUGCCAAACUUCAUCUGUGUCGCGCUGGCCCUGCACGAAUUGGGUCACAAGCCGGUCGGGAUUCGUCUUGACAGUGGCGAUCUGUCGUAUCUCUCGAAGCGCUGUCGGGCAGCCUUUGUGACCGCAGGCGAGAGCUACGGCAUCGACUACUUCAAGGAGCUGAACAUUACAGCUAGUAACGAUAUCAAUGAGCCAGUACUGAACUCUCUGAACGAGCAACGUCACGAGAUCAACUCGUACGGCAUCGGUACCCAUCUCGUGACCUGUCAAGCUCAACCUGCACUCGGUAUGGUGUACAAGCUCGUGGAGAUCAACGGCGAGCCACGCAUCAAGUUGUCUCAAGACGUGAGCAAGGUGACGAUCCCGGGUCGGAAGGAAGCGUUCCGUCUCAUUGGUGCAAAUGGCAAACCCCUGCUGGAUCUCAUGACUGGAUGCAACGAGAAAGCCCCCGCGAUCGGCAAGAAAAUGCUGUGUCGGAAUCCCUUCGAUGAGCUGCGCCGCGCGUACGUGACGCCGUCUCAAGUUAUUCCGUUGCACAGUUUGUGCUGGGACGGACCCAAUGGCGGCAUUGUGGGCGAGUUGCCGACUCUGGAGGAGCGACGUCAGUACGUGACGGAACAGUUCGAACUGGUCCGUGAAGAUGUGGUUAGAUCGCUCAACCCGACGCCGUACAAGGUGUCGGUGUCUAACGAGCUGUACGAGUUCAUCCAUGACCUGUGGAUGAAAGAAUACCCCGUGAAGGAGCUGGAUUAG